AUGUCAAACAAUAAUAAAAACUAUGAUUCUAUUAUGAAAAUCUUAUUAAUAGGUGACUCAGGUGUUGGGAAAUCUUGUCUUUUAGUCAGAUUUGUGGAAGAUAAGUUCUCCCCAUCGUUUAUAACAACAAUCGGUAUCGAUUUCAAGAUUAAAACUGUAGACAUCAACGGUAAGAAGGUUAAAUUACAGUUAUGGGAUACUGCAGGACAAGAAAGAUUUCGUACUAUAACCACAGCAUACUAUCGUGGUGCCAUGGGGAUUAUUUUAGUUUACGACGUUACUGAUGAAAGAACUUUUGCUAAUGUGAAACAAUGGUUCAAAACAGUCAAUGACCAUGCCAAUGAUGAUGCUCAAUUACUAUUAGUUGGAAAUAAGAGCGACAUGGAUACAAGAGUGGUUUCAUAUGAACAAGGUGAAGCUUUGGCACAAGAGUUGGGGUUACCAUUUAUUGAAUCCAGUGCUAAAGAUGAUUCUAAUGUAAAUGAAAUCUUCUUUACUCUAGCUAAAUUGAUCCAAGAUAAGAUAGAUAGAAAUGCCAUGUCUAACAAUGCCGGUACCUCUAAAGAUAGUAAUGUCAAGAUCAAGACUGGGUCAGAAAGUUCUGGAUCAAGUUCAAAUUGUUGUUAA